AUGGUAAAAGGGAAGCUAGCCUCUUGGGAAGACCAAUUGCCUUUAGUAGAAUUUGCAUAUAAUAGAGUUAUCCAUAGCACUAUUGGCAUGUCACCCUUUGAGGUGUUGUAUGGUUUUAACCCCCUAACCCUCUUGGAUCUAACGCCUUUGUCUCAAGAUGUGGUAUUGAGUUUAGAUGGUAACAAGAGAGCCGAAGCUAUGAAGAAGAUCCAUGAGAAGGCAAGGCUCCAACUUGAAAAGAAGAAUCAAAAGGUGGCGAAAAGGGCAAACCAAGGGAGAAAAAGGGUGGUCCUUGAACCGGAGAUUGGGUGUGGGUGCACUUCCGAAAAGAAAGAUUUCCAAACAAGAGGAAGACAAAGUUGA